AUGAUGGAAUGUUGUAACCAAAAAAGGUUUGACAGAAUGAAACCAUUCUUAGCUGUAGUGUUUUUGCAAUUUGGAUAUGCUGGUAUGGAUGUUUUAUCUAAAGCUGCACUGAACAAAGGAAUGAGUAAUUAUGUACUCGUCGUUUAUCGUCACAUCGCAGCCUUCGUUGUGAUCGCUCCUUUUGCAUUGAUCUUGGAAAAGAAAGUUAGGCCAAAGAUGACAUUUUCAAUCUUUAUGAAGCUUGUGGCUCUCAGUACGCUAGAACCGGUAAUCGAUCAGAAUUUAUAUUUCUUGGGAAUGAAGUAUACAACAGCUACUUUCGCAGUCGCUAUGUACAAUGUCCUCCCUGCCAUUACCUUCGUCAUGGCUUAUAUUUUCAAACUUGAGAAGAUAAAAAUGAAAAGUGUGCAUAGUCAAGCAAAGGUGGUUGGGACAUUAGCAACAGUUGCAGGUGCUAUGGUUAUGACAUUGUUUAGAGGUCCAAUACUUAAUAUUUUUGGGACACAUGGAAAUAGUGCUCAAAUCCAACAUAAUAGUGGUGCAAAUCUUCAACAUGCAAUAAAGGGAUCAAUUAUGAUAACAGUUGGUUGUUUUAGUUGUGCUUGUUUCAUGAUUUUACAAACGAUCACACUUGAAACAUAUCCUGCUGAGCUGUCACUUACAGCAUGGAUAUGUUUAUUGGGAACAAUUGAAGGUGGCAUCGUAGCUUUGAUUAUGGAAAGGGGUGAUUAUUCUGUUUGGUCUUUGAAUUGGGAUACAAAACUUUUGGCUGCGGUUUAUAGUGGUAUAGUUUGUUCAGGACUGGCCUAUUACAUCCAAGGAGUUGUUAUGAGAUAUAGAGGUCCAGUUUAUGUAACAACUUUCAAUCCUCUCUGUAUGGUCAUUGUAGCUAUCACGAGCUCAAUUUUUUUGGCCGAGAAAAUAUACCUCGGAAGGGUUGUCGGUGCGGUUGUGAUAAUUAUAGGAUUGUAUUUAGUGGUGUGGGGUAAAAGCAAAGAUUAUGACACACCAAGUUCAAUUAUUAAAGAUGAAGCAUUACCAGUUAUGGAAAGUAGAGAGAGCAAUGACAAAGAUGAGAAUCCUAAUCCUAAUGAUAAAGUCAUCACUAAGAGUAACUUUGUUGCAAUAAUUCGAGAUGAACAAGUGUGA